AUGCCUAGUGGCUACUCAAAUAAAGUUUAUGUUAAAAUGUCUCAAACGAUGCGAGCUAACGUACAACAAGAAAUAUUGAUUGAUGGACAAUUUGCAGGAUCUGGAAUUCCAUCUGUUGACAUAACAGAUAUUCACGAUCGUCGUAAACCUGCAAAUAUUAGAUCUCGUGGUGAAGGUAUUUAUGUAGCUGAAUUUACACCAUCAUCAGAAGGACUACAUCGUGUUGAUAUAGCAUGGAGUGAUUAUCCAAUAGCAAAAAGCCCAUUUAAUGUUCAAGUAUUUCCACAUUUUGAACCACAUAAAGUUAUUGUUGACGGUCCAGGUAUUCGAAGUGGUGUACCAGCAUCUUUACCAACCAAUUUUCGUGUCGAUACAAGAGAAGCUGGUUUUGAACAUCUUGAUAUUCUAAUCAAAAAUUUUGAAGGUUUGAUUGUUCCAAAUAAAAUAAAUGAUAAUAAAGAUGGUACCUACAACGUCCAUUAUCGCCUUGAGGAUGUUGGCCUUUAUACAGUUAAUGUUAAUUAUGGUGGAAUACCCGUUAACAAUUCACCAUUCAUUGGUACGCCAGAUUAUAAGGCCGGAGAUGAGAUAUAUUAUCGUGAUCAUAUCCAAGAGACACACACAUCAAAACACGUUGCCAGUCAAUAUCGAUCUGUUGAUUUUCGAUUACUAGUUGUUGGUGGCCAUAUGAGCGAUAUUACAGGUACGUGUCAUUUUAUGAUUAUAAGAAUUAUAUAGUGAACAAAAUAAAAAGAGAAAUCAUGAACAUCGAUGAGACUACAUUGAAUGUAUAUGUCGUAGGAGAAAUUAAAAUUCAGAAAAAAUUAAAAUUUUAUUUUCUCCUAGGCGAAAUUAAAAUUGUAACUUUUCCUUGAAAAAAUCUAGGAAAAGAUGAAAUUUUACUUUGUCCUAGACCAAAUUAAAAUUUUAACUUUUCCUUAGAGAAAUUUUAAAUUUUCCUAAACAAAAA